AUGUCGUCUACAAGUGCUUUGCUCAUCCAAUGCUUCUUGGUUGCGGUUGUUUUAAUCUCUUCCAUGGGGGAAGCUAGACAAUUGAAUGAGUUUAAAGAUCAAGAUGGGGCAAAAUUUGAAUCUUUUAUACCUGGCCUUCCAGACAUACCAGGAUUUCCACCCCUACCAAACAUUCCAGGAAUCCCAGGCUUUCCAGGUUUCCCAUGCAUCCCCGGCAUACCAAGCAUUCCGGGUUUUCCAUGCAAUCCAAAUUGGCCGAGUCCACCAACUCCACCAAGUCCACCAAGUACACCAUCAGAAACUCCAAGCUCACCACCUAAAUCAUUUGGCUCACCUUCUCAAUCUCCUAAUUAUCCUCCUGAAUCCUUCUAG